AUGCUCGUAUUCACUCUGGGCUGCUGGCAGAGUGCCCGAGCCUUUACUGCUGGCACAAGCCCUCCAGGAGGCCCGGAAACUCAGCUCCCUUCUGACGUAUCAAACGUGAAAACCGGGCCUGAGUUCGUUGCUGCAUUUGCGGACCCGUCCGUCCGGUAUCUCCGCAUUUCUUCCCCGGAAGUUAACGUUCUCUUCUCUGACUGGAGUUCCGGCGAUUUCAAGCCUCCACUCGUCCUGAAGCGCGACAUUAUUAUAGAGCGCAACCCGGAGAUGCCAUACUGGCCAACCAUCAACUUCGGAGGUGCGCCGGGAGUGGUUCGAAUGGCUCAUAACGUCACCAUGACUAUACGGCAUGUCUUUGCAACGGGUAUUCGCGACAACCCAACUCGCGCACCAGGCCUAGACUUCCUGUUACCUACCCUUCAAGGAGAAAUCGCCUACUUGCUGGUUGGGCCGGCAGCAGGCAACAUCAGUAAGCUGACUAUAUCUAGGGUGCUCAACGGUGCCUUAUGGGUACUGCUUUCAGGAAGGCCGGCACUGCCGGGCGAGAUGGGUUGCAGGGCCCUUCCUCUCAUCGGGCGUAUCGGGGGAUAUCGGGGGAUACUUUGCCGCUGCAUUCCGACUUCAAAAUGUGCAAUUGGAACGAUCCCCGAAUUCUUUCUGGAUGGGAGCCGACAACAAUUGGUCCAUGAAGCUCGGGCACUUUGGCGCGCCUUGAACUGCCAGCCAGCAGACCGAAGGGCCGGCGUCGAACAUGGAUGCAACGGUAGUACCACCUACGCAUCGGGCAGUCCCGACUCAUGGAUUUGGCGCAACAGCGGCAACACACGUUGCCGCAAUGACACUCCUGCUUUGUGUGUAUGUCUUUUUACGGAUAGCCGCAUCACGAGAAGGCUGACUGUUCAGUCAAUAAUGAUUAUGCUAUGGCGGCUGCGUGCUUGCGACGAUCCAGAUAGGUCUACACCGCCGUAG